AUGAGAAGUUUAAAAGAUUACAAGGUGGGGAUGACGGUGGAGGUCAAUGAUCGUAUGCAAAAAAACUAUUCGUAUAAAUUGACUAAAGAAAUGGGUGCAAAAGCUUCAGAUUUCAAUGACGGAGGAUUUGCGCCUGAUUUGACACCAGAGGAAGUGCUAGCAGAAGGAGUGUUUGAAGGCAAAUAUCUCAAUGAUUGUACCGAGGAGUUUCCCAAGGAGUGGUUUGAGAAAUCCAAAAAACACCGUGUUGGUGUAGGAAAGCCUCCUGAUUAUAAGUUGAACCGGUUCAAAAUUAAAAGUCGGCAAUCCUUGGUGAUUUGGCAAGAUAACGGUUGGUUAAUAGGAGAUGAUCCACGAGGAUGGUUUCAAUGGUACUGCAGAUACUGGCUUGGUCGGCGUUCAUCUUGCGACGAUUUUCAAAAGAGAAGAUGGAGAGCUUUUAAACGUCACAAGGGUCAAGUUCAGAAGAAUUGCGAGCCGGGAGAUUUAAAGUGCCGUCCAAAACAACGUCAAGCAUUAUUGGAAUGGGCGUAUGAUCCUUUUAUUUAG